UUUUUUAUUUUUCAAACCAAUAAAAUAAUACAAUAAAAAAAUAACAUCAUAAUAUUAUUAAUAUUAAUAUAGUAUAAUAUAAAAAAAUGGCAGAUAUCCAACAAGCUCCUCAAGUCUGUUUAAGAGUUAACGGCGAAAUAUUUAAUUCCGUUUUACAACUUGGUGUUACAAUUCACAGAGUUGUAUGUGUUGGUAAUGUUUUAUCAAUUAAAGGAGACGAAGUCACUAUUUCAAUCCCAAAUGGUAGUGAAUUAUCAACAGAAUUUAAAUUCAGAAAAGAACCAUCAUGCUCUCUCGUCGCCAACGAAAAUACUUAUCAAUUUUCAAUUAAAAUAGACAAUCAAAAUUUGGGAGAUUCAAUUAUCGAAUAUGCUCAAGAUUUUGGUACUAAUUUUGUAAUGUACAGUUAUUCAACUUCAUUUUUCAAUUAUUGGUACAUUCUCAAGGAUAGAUACCCACAACUCAAAGGAUCAGAAGAAACAGAAGAAACAGGAGAAAUGGACACACAAUAAAACAAAUUUAAUCAUUUUUUAAUCAUUUUUUACACAACAUUCUUGUAUAUAAUAAAUAUAAAUAGUUUUUAUAAUUUACAGCUAUAGAAAUUAAAUAAAUAAACCC